AUGAACGCACUCGAUGAGCAGAUUAGAAACGGCACCGCUAUCACUGUGUUAAUCGGAGAACCGGGAUCUCCCGGUCUACCAGGCACGAAAGGAGAAAAAGGAGCAGAGGGUUUGCCAGGCGUCAAUGGUCAACCAGGACCACCGGGAUGGCCAGGAAUAAAGGGCGAUGAUGGCCUCAACCGGCACAAUUUCUCCCGUGAAUUUGACUUUUCAGGAUCUCCGGGUUUCCCAGGCAAGAAGGGUGAACCAGGUCAACCUGGAGUGCCUGGUAACCCGGGAAUGAUUGGAGAACGAGGAUUAGCUGGAGCCCCUGGACCACAGAGAUGGGACCGUGGACAAUUGACCACCGGGACAAAUAGAUACUCGCUACAGCAAAAUUAUUCCCAUAUUCAGGGAACCCCCGGUCUACCAGGACAAAAAGGUGAAACCGGAAAGGACGGUCUUCCCGGUUUACCUGGUGAGUUUAGUCUUGGCUUGAAGUUUUAUGUACAUAUUGCAAUGAGCAAGUGCUCUCAGGGUUUGGCUCAUACCGCUCAUGUCGAUAAUUAUCGAUUUGGCGACUAUUCGUUGGUCAAAUCGGCCGGCGUAGGUGGUAACGAGGAGCAGUUUGCAUUGAAAGUUCAUGCAUGCUGUCGAUAA